UACUAAAUUGUUUUGGGGAAAGUGUGACAAUAACCAUAGAUUGAAGUGCCACCGUCAAGGGACAAGCUCAUGAGGAAAAAUCACCAAACAAGACACCAUUGACCUGGAACACCUUGAAUUCAACAUGGUGGCUGUGAGAACAUUUGUGAUACCGUACCUAAUAUGGCCUCUGAUCCUGAUAAGUUGGUCCCCGGUGACCUCAGAGGCCAAUAAGGGACGCCGAGUGAGCACCCCCGGGGCGUCUUACUACAACGGAAACAUCCCCAACAAAUUCGAGUCCCAGCGGAUCGAACCUCGAAUAGGCGAGGCCUCGGAAGAAAUCAGCCUCAAACCCACUACCAUCACCUACUCGGAUCCCGAGGCCGAUCACGCCCUGCCUCAGUCGCAUCACGCCGAAUCUCGGGAUCAGCGAUGGCGCGCCAUGUACGCCGAAAACUGGCACGAACGCGUCAGAGUGGCCGAAGUGAAUUCGCCGCUCUCGCCAUUCCCUCCCAAUGACUCCUUUGAGCGAUACCCACGGCGAGUGGGCGGGAGUGGGCGUAACAAGGAUGUCGAACUGUUUCGCCCUCAAGAUGCCUUGGAGGUGCUACCGCGAGAAAUCGAAUCCGAAGAGCUGCCCUCCACGCCUCAUCUGAAUGCCAUCAUGGAUAACGCCAUGGGCAAGGUGAAGGCCAUGCUGCUCGAACUGGAAAAUGAGAAAGGUCGAAAUAAACCGUUGCCAAAAAAAGCGACCAGGAACGUUACGAUGGCUGCCCUUUUAAUCGAAGAAGUCACCCGCCAACUCGCUAAAGACUUUUCUUUGAGCCGAGGUGAAGUGGGCUCCAAAGUGCAAGAAGUGCCCAUUAAGGACACCAUGUUGCAAGAGAUCUGUCCGGACAUUGAGGCCGCCUUUUGCUUCCCCCAAAAGUAUCGGACUCCUAACGGCGAGUGCAACAACGUGAAAAAUCCCAUGUGGGGAGUGACAGGGGCCGCGUAUUUGCGUCUUGUGCCCCCUCAAUAUGAAGAUGGGGUGGGCACGCCCCGCGUGAGUGGACUGGGUGGAGAGGCCCUCCCUGAUGCGCUGACUUUAUCCUCGCGACUCCUAUGGUCUCAAGACCGGCCUCAUGAACACCUAACAGCCUUGGCCGCCAUUUGGGGCCAAUUCGUGGCUCACGAUAUCAGCUACACUCUCCCCCUCUCCGGAUAUGAACAGUGCUGCGAUGCGAUUUUUCGCAAAGAGAACGCCAUGGAGUGUUUCCCUAUUGUGGAUAUGCACAACGAUGCAAUCUGCCAAGAGUAUGUCCGCUCAGCCAUUGGCUUGAAACCGGGAUGUCUGCUUGGCCCAAGGGAGCAGAUGAACUUCGCCACAGCUUUCCUGGAUGGAAGUGCCAUCUACGGAUCCACACCCAAGUCCGCUGAAGAUCUGCGACUCCUCGAAGGAGGCAGAUUGAGAGUGGGUUAUGGUCAAGUGCUUCCCGUCGACGAACACAACCCCAAUUGUCGCAGUGAUAAGCCCGGGAACGUGUGCUUCCGCUCCGGCGAUGAGCGAGUCAACCACAACGCGGGUUUAGCCGCUCUUCACACGCUCAUGGUCAGAGAACACAAUCGGAUUGCGGCCAAUUUGGAAGCCGUGAAUCCCCAUUGGGACGAGGAGACCCUUUAUCAAGAGGCUCGCCGCAUCAUUGGUGCGGAGAUCCAGCAUAUCACCUACAACGAGUUUCUCCCGGCCAUCCUGGGUGAAAAGUUGAUGGACAUCCUCCGACUCGAGUCCAAAUCCAAUGGUUAUCACAUGGAUUACAAUGAUGAGUUGCCCAUAACGACCUUAAAUAGUGUGGGCAAUGCCAUUUUGCCAUUCUUCAUGUCUCUUUUGCCGCCAAACCUUUACUUUGUUCAAGGGGAUGGAAAAAUACGAGGCGAGAUCCCACUCAACGAAACCUAUUGGGCUCCCAAGGAUGCCCAAGAUUCGUCAUCGGUCCAGGAGCUCAUUCUCGGCCUUUCCCUGACCCCAGCUCAGACAGCUGAUCUGACCAUGGCCAAAAAUACCAAGCUCUUUCGCAAUGAAGACCUACUCUCCUCGAUCAUUCAUCGGGGUCGGGAUCAUGGCCUUCCCACUUACACGGAAGUCCGUUCUUCUUGUGGGUUCGAAUCCGUCAAAUCCUUCCAUGAGCUCAACAACACCAUCGAUCACAACGUGAUUAGCAAGUUGAAAAGCGUCUACCAGCACGUGGACGACAUUGACUUAUUCGUUGGCGGAUUAGCCGAGCGGCCUUUGACUGGAGCAGUGGUUGGACCAACCAUCGGUUGCCUUUUGGGCCAACAAUUUCAGAUCUUGAAGAAAGGCGAUCGAUUUUGGUACGAGAACAACAUCCCACCCUCGGCAUUGACAAAAGAUCAGCUCCAGGAGAUCAGAAAAGUCUCCUUGGCAUCCUUGAUUUGCGCCAAUAUGGAGGAAAUCUUUUCCGUCCAACCCGAGGCCUUCAUCCGAAAUGACCCCUAUUUAAACUCGCCCGUACUUUGUGAUGUGUUUUCAAAUGUGAAUCUACAACUAUGGAAGACAGACACGCCCGCCCUUCAAGUUCCGGAGGCCAUUCUGAUUCAAACCCUUGAGAAAGGAACUCAAGGUUUGGCCCUCAGACGCAAGGAGGAGUACAAGCUUUGGGAAAACAAUAUGGGCGCCGACUCCCAGUCUCCAUUGGGAACAGCUUUUGCCUUCUCAAGACCAAACAAAGUGGCCCUGAGUCUUUCCAAUACAUCCUUGCUUCUGGAAUACACAUCUCGAGUGUUCUUGAAUUCAUUGCAGGAGCCGGAUAACACGCGAAUCAAGCGUCAGGUCACGGGCAACCGGAUCAAUGUCAAUAUUGAUGACUUUGCCGACGGGUUGACCAACAUCGAUGUGACUCGUGUGGUUUCCACGGUUCCACUAGAGACUUGCGCCAGAGAUGAGAAUGCCUUGCCUUGUGACCAUACCAACAAAUUCCGGACGUUCAAUGGAUGGUGUAACAACCUGAACAACCCUCAGUAUGGCAAGAGUGUCACACCACUGAUUCGAUUCCUCUCGGCCAAAUAUGACGACGCCAUUUCGAGGCCUCGCUUCCGUUCUUUGAGCGGAAAAGCUCUACCUUCUCCCCGAUUGGUCUCUGUGGUGGUGCACGCUGAUGUGUCUCAUCUCCAUGGAAGAUACACGUUGAUGCUUAUGCAGUUCGGACAAUUCUUGGAUCACGACAUCACUUUGACACCUAUCAAUAAGGGCUUUCCAGACUCGAUUUUGGAUUGCCGAGCAUGUGACUCGUCUCAAACGGUUCAUCCCGAAUGUUGGCCUAUCCCAGUUCCGAAGAACGAUCCAUAUUUCCCCGCCCUGAACACCACGAGUGGGCGUGCCAAUUGCAUAGCAUUUACCAGGUCAUUGCCAGGUCAACAACGCCUUGGUCCUCGAGAGCAACUCAACCAGAACACGGCUUACAUUGACGCAUCCAUGAUUUACGGCAAUGAUAUCUGUGAUGCGGCCAAUCUCCGAGAAGGUACCGACGGCCGUCUCAACUCUUCUCGGCCCAUUUUGGGGCGUGGCAAGCACCUCCUCCCAAAGACCAAUAAGAACCAUGAGUGCAAGGCCGCUAGUGGGUUUUGCUUUUAUGGUGGGGAUUCUCGUGUCAGUGAACAACCCGGAUUGGCUGCUACCCACACUAUCUUCCUUCGGGAACAUAACAGACUUGUGGAGGCUUUGAAGAGGGUGAAUCCGCAUUGGAACGACGAAAAAUUAUACCUUGAAGGCCGGAGGAUUGUCUCUGCAGUUAUUCAACACAUUGCCUUCAAUGAAUUCUUGCCCAGGAUCAUCGGAUGGAACUACAUGAACUUGUACAACCUCCGAGCCAAAACCGAGGGCUACAACGACGAAUACGAUUCGACGUGCAAUCCCUCGAUCUUCAACGAAUUUGCCACAUCUGCGUUCAGAUUCGGCCACUCACUCAUUCGACCCAUGUUGACUCGAAUGAGUCCAGAUUGGAGAGAGAUGCACAGCCACAUCCGAUUACGAGAUGGAUUUUUCAAUCCCGAUAUGCUCUACGAGGCCACUAUGAUUGACGAGGUCAUGAGAGGCUUGGGAGCCACUCCCAUGGAGAAUCAAGAUCAGUUCCUGUCAGGAGAGAUCACCAAUCAUCUGUUCGAAGAGCGGCGUAUUCCAUUCUCGGGACUAGAUUUGGCGGCACUGAAUAUCCAACGGGGUCGCGAUCACGGGUUGAGACCUUACAACGAGUACCGCGUGGCUUGUAAUCUGGAUCGAGCAAGCUCUUUCGACGACUUGUCCAAAGAAAUCAGUUUCGACGUCAUCAAACGCUUAAGACAGGUCUACGACAGUGUGGAGGACAUCGAUCUUUUUACGGGCGGAUUAAGUGAAACCCCAUUGCAAGGGGCUUUGGUGGGUCCCACGUUCGCGUGCAUCAUUGGGAUUCAGUUCCAGAAACUGAAAAAGUGUGAUCGCUUUUGGUACGAGACUAGCGAUGCAUCCAUCCGAUUCUCCGAGGCCCAACUGACGGAAAUCCGGAAGAUGACCUUAGCCAAGAUCAUCUGCUCGAAUUGUGAUAUCGUGGGAGACGCCCAAAGAUCGAUCUUUGAUCAGCCUCACGAGUUCCUGAAUCCAAGAGUGCCAUGCCCAUCCAUUCCCGACAUUGAUUUUAGUCAUUGGCGAGAGGAAGCGACACAAUGCCGCGUCAACGGGAUUGAAAUAAGCCUGGGCUUGUCGAGAAAAAUCUCACCGUGUACUAGUUGCACUUGCACUAAAGAGGGCGCUCAAUGUCAAUCGUUGAAGAUAAAUAACUGUCCGCAACUGAUAUUCGAAUUUGGCGCCGAAGCCGUGAGUCGAGAUAACAUAUGUAAGACCCAAUGCUCUUUCGCAUUGAAUUCGCCCGGGAACGGGUUCGACAUCAGCUCGGACACGCUCCAAGCGCCCUCGUUGUCAUUCCAACCUUCGGUGCCCAGUCCCACACAACAAGCCCAGAGUGUGGAGCUCCCAUCCACAGGGACAAGGGGAAGUAGCACCCUCAAUCCUUCCCUCCUGCCACCGACCCGGCCGACCAACAAUCCUCAAGGGUUCGGGAGUCUUUUCCCACGUGCUCCGCCACCUUCCCCACAGAUACCUCCUAUCCCUCCCUCUGCUCUUCCAGUGGCGCCCGCGCCCAGACCACUCCGGCCUCCGCAAGGGCAGCAGUUCAACGGGGGAGGUCGGCAACCUCCACCCCCGCCCCCUCCGCCACAAAACACGCCCCGACAACCUCGGCCAUUGUUCAACUUCCUUCCCAGGCUGCCUAAUCUCUCUGAAUUGUUUGGCCUCUAGUCAGAGAGCAAAGGUCAUGUCACGCAAGUGUUCAACAAGUUUCAAAACCCAGGGUCAGAUACACUUACAACAACCACUAUAACAAUUACUCUUUCUUGUUACUUUCUUCUUCGCCACUGCAAAGCCCUUGUCUCCUACUGCUACCGCAUCUUCGACGACAAAAAAAAUCAUGUUAAGAUUUGAACUACGUUACGUUACUUAUUUAUUUAUCAUACAUUAAGAGCAUUCACUCAGAAAUAUGAACACUUGACCUCGAGGAUCAGUGUAGCGGGCAUUGCCGCCAAGAUAAGAUGAUGAUGAAGCCUGAACGAACAGUGUCAAAGUGGUGGAUCAAUCAACAAUAAUCGUGAUAGAAUUGCUAUAAAGAAGUGAGCCAAGCUAGACUGUGACUUCACUCCCGAUGAAUAUUGCAUGGAAGACGCCAAUUCUUGUCCCAAUUCGCUCCCAAAAUCCCCUUUAAUUGUGCCAGAGUAUGUUCUACUAAAUCAGGCAACGUUCUCUUGAGAUCAAAAUUUGACUAAGAAAAAAAAAGAAAUUUGUGAAAAAGCAACCCUCAAACCUGGCUGAGAAGGACACUGCCCAUGUUCUAUCUGCUGUACUACGUCUGUGCCACCAUAUGCAUUCUUUUUUCAUUUGUCGCUAUUUUAAGCCAUUCUCCCUCAAAAAUCAACCCGACCCCUGGCAUCAGAAUGUAAUUAUACGAAAUAAAUCUGUUGAUAUUCUUUAA